GCUGCAUCUGAGGAGUUCUUUAACGUGGCGUAUUAGCAACUCCGCAUAUUAGCACUUCAACUUAUUCAAAUUAUGUUUAGUAGAUCGCUUGCUGCUUGAUUUUGAAUAUAUAAAUGUAUUUUUGACGAAUUAAUCAAAUGGCAGGCAAGAAGAAAGAAGCGAGUCUGCAGGCGUCUAUCACAAAUCAAGAACAGUGGGAGGAGAUGCUUGCAACCAAAGGUUUAACAGUUGUGGAUGUAAACCAGCAGUGGUGUGGUCCCUGUCGAGCUGUGGUUAGUCUGCUACGAAAAAUAAAGAACGAACUGGGUGAUGAACUAUUACAUUUUGCCACAGCCGAGGCAGACGGCAUAGAUGCUUUGGAGAAGUAUAGAGGGAAAUGUGAGCCCACCUUCCUCUUCUAUGGGAGUGGGGAGCUGGUGGCUGUGUUGCGGGGGGCCAACGCUCCUCUGCUUCAAAAGAUGAUUGUAGAGGAACUGGCCAAGGAGAAGUCGGUCCUGGAGCAAGGUGGUGAACGCAAAGUGGUUAAAGAUGAUGGUCUGGUGAACGAUGAGAAGAAAGAAGAAGAGGAGGCGCCUCAGCGGUCAGAAAAUGAAGAAAGCAUAAUCGUUCAUGCAAGUAAAUCCUACACAGUUGCCAUCAUCAAACCAGAUGCUGUUGCUCACGGCAAGGCAAAUGAGAUCAUUAUGAAGAUUCAAGAUGCUGGGUUUGAGAUCCUGGCCCAUGAGGAACGCACGCUGACCGAUGUUGAGGCUCAAGAUUUUUACCAGCACAAAGCAGCAGAGGCUUGCUUUGAGGACUUGGUGCAGUUUAUGUCCAGUGGUCCCUCCCAUAUUCUGGUACUGUCUGAGGCAGAGGGCUCUGCCAAUAUUGUACCAGCAUGGCGUCAGUUCAUUGGCCCAGCAGACAUAGAGGAAGCCAGGAGAGAAAAGCCAGAAAGCUUGCGGGCACAAUACGGCACACAGACACUGUUCAACGCAGUGCACGGUAGUGAGGACAGCGACCAGGCCAGCAGGGAGCUCGCCUUCUUCUUCCCCAACUUUAGGACGGCCUCAGUAACGGAGCAGGAUGGGGAGGAAGACCAUGUGGAGAGGACACUGGCUCUUAUCCGGCCUGACAUUGCCAGAGAGAACAGAGAAGACAUCCUGGCCCAAAUCCACAAGUCAGGUUUCACAGUGGCCCUCCAAAGAGAGGUGAUGUUGACAGAGGAGCAGGUCAGACAGUUUUACUUCCAACAUGUUGACGCAGACUACUUCCCUGCUCUGCUAAGAAGCAUGACCAGUGGGCCUGUGCUAGCUUUGGCUCUAGCCAGAAGAGAGGCUGUCCAUCACUGGAAGAACAUCCUUGGUCCCUCUGAUGUAAAUAAAGCCAAAGAGGAGAGUCCUGCUUGUCUAAGGGCCCAGUUUUCUGUGGAGAAUGAGCCAAUCAACCAGCUACAUGGCAGUGCAAGCCAUGAAGAGGCGGAACAAGAGAUCAACUUCUUCUUCCCUAAACAGCGGACACUGGCAGUGAUCAAACCUGAUGCCAUGGAGGAACACAGAGAGAAAAUUUUGGAGGAGAUCCAUGCCAACAGUUUCUCUGUAACACAGCUGAAGGAGACGGUGCUGUCGAGGGAAAUGGCUGAAGAGUUUUACAAAGAACAUAGGGAGAAGCCUUUCUUCAGCCAGCUGGUGGAAUUCAUGUGUCGGGGGCCCUGUAUGAUGCUUGUCCUGAGCAAGGAAAAUGCAGUGGAGGAGUGGAGGGCCAUGAUGGGCCCCACAGACCCUGACCAAGCUAAGGCGACAUGCCCAAAGUCUCUGAGGGCCCGGUUUGCCUCCGACCUCCUCCACAACUCAGUCCACGGUGCCUCAAAUGAGCAGCACGCAGAGGAAAAGAUACGUUUUAUCUUCGGUGACAUCUGCUCAAAUGCAGAGCUCACUGGUGAUGGAGAGUCUGACAGAACCAUUUCAGCAAAAGAGCAAGACAAUUCUGCAAAUGAAAACACAGAAAUAUCAAGAUCUCCAACUGAGGAAAUGUCUGACAACCAUCACCAACAACAUGAAGGUAUGCAAGGUGACCCAUAGUUCGAAUCCUUGCAGUCCAGGAGAGAGUGACGAUCCAGAACACUCAAACUGAAUCAGCACACCUCAUAUUUUCUCUUUUAUUAUUGGCUCUUUCUGCAACAUUAUGGCUACAACACAAUGUCGUUCUAUGAAUGUAAACAAGACAAAUAUAUCUGACAUUUCCACCUUUUAUUGGUGGUAUUUUGAGACCACAUAUUCCUGAGCCAGUGAAAAGGACUACUUGUAGACAGUGGAAUGAGCUCUCUUAAUACUGAUCACGAUCUUGGCUCGCAAUUGCAGCUGUUGGGUACAUGACUAAGAACAGGGUCAUACACCACAAAACAGCUGAUAAUUUCAGUGUUCACAGAAGACUUUGCUGAAACCAGAAAAAAAAUAAUAAUGUCACUGUCUGUUCAAUCUAUCUUGGAUUGUCUGCAAUAAAUUGUCGAUAUCGAAAUUUUAACUUCUAAAGUGCUGCGACAAUGAGAAAGAA